UCCAUGUCUGCUCAAUAUUUUGUAAAUGGCAUUAAUAUAAUCAGCUCGAUCGCCGUAUUGAUGCGCCAUUUCACUUUCUCUUUCGAGUUUGUCUUCCUGGUAGCAGAGGGGAGUGAUCAAUAUCAAGAUAGGCUAAAUACUUACUGCCUAUGAACUUUACUUUUCACUCUAUCUCAUACCAUCAUUUAGAAUAACGGUUUGACGCAAAAUUUAAUUAAAAAAAUAAAAAUUAAACCCGAAAUAAAGCGACACAUCAACCGCCACUCAUCAAUGAAGUGACUCCUGUCUUGUUUUUGAAAGCCUGUUUACAUACGGGCACUUUCAAGUAUGGCCGCUUCCUUGGAGAGCGAAAUUUACAAUGAAGUUCGUAAACUAAGAAAGAAGCUGCGUCAGAUAGAAAAUCUCCAGAGAUUAGACAGAGAAUUGACUGAAGAGGAAGAAGUUAAGGUUUCCAAGAAACUGCCCAUAAGACUACAACUCCAAGAUUUAUUAUCUCAAAUCCCAGAAGAAGAUAUUCCACUUCACAGUAGAGCUGCCUCCAGUUCUGCUGUUAACAGUGCCACCUACAGUACAGCAGAGAGUAGUGUCAGUUGGAGCACUGCAGACAGCAGCACUAUAUCCAGCCCAGACACAGUGACUGCCAUAUCACCUGCUAGUGCCAGGACUGACACAGAGAGUGGGAAGGGGGUGGGUGGAGGGGCUGAAGUGAAGGAGGACGAGGAAAGAGAGAAUGAGAAAGUAACCACAGACAUGAAACCUAGUGAAAUCAAUGAUAGAGACAACAUGAAAAGAAAAAGUGACAGUCAAAACAUCCCAAAUGAAACCAUCUCGGAAUCUCAAAGAGCUCAGACAGUGCCAAAGAAAAAGUCCAAGAAAGCAGCCCACAAAGAACAUGAUGAGAAAGUUUUUAAGCUUCAGAAGGCAUGGAGACAGUCUGAGUUUGUGGUCAGUUGUCUGGAGGGUCACAAUGACCUGGUCAUUUCUGUGGCUCUAGAGAAAGACUGGCUGCUGUCUGGAAGUCGUGACACCACAAUGAAGUUAUGGGAAGGCAGUACAGGCAGGGAACUGUACAGUUUUGGUGGCCACACAGACAGCGUGACAGCAGUCCUCUUUAUUCCAAAGGAAGAUUGUGCUGAUUUAGCUGGCCAAUAUGAACUGGCCGAAGAUGACCGUCUGCUGGUCAGUGGGUCCAUGGACUGUGCCGUCAGACUGUGGUCACUUAAAACAGGUUGCAUGGUGAAGUCCAUCUACACCUAUAACCCUGUGACCUGCAUGACAUACUGUACGCCAGGCAGGCUACUGGUCACAGGCUCAAGUGGAGGCAAGGUGGAACUAUGGAGUCUUGCGACUGGAGAAAAUAUCUGUUCAUUGGUAGCUUUUGAUGAGGCUACAACGUGUCUUAGGAUGGAUGAUGACAAAAUUUACAGUGCCUCAGCAGAUGGAUUCAUCAAAAUUUUCACCAUCAAAGAUGGAAAACUAAGUCUUCUUUUUGAGUCAGAAGAUGUUAAAGGAGUCAAUGGAGAAGACUUGCUGUUAAGACACAUUCGUUCCCUAUCAACCAGUAAAGAUACAAUAUACUAUGGGGAUGAUGGGAGUAACCUCAAGGUGCUAAGUUGGAAACAAGGUAUUGUCCACAAGUUAAAGAAUCAUGUCUGUGAGUUUGGGUCUACAGAUGCCGUGGCAGUUCUGGAGGACCAGGUGCUGCUGACAGCAGGGUUUGAUCUAGAUAAUGGAUGUGGGUAUUUUAAUGUGAGAAGUUUACCAGAAGAGCAGUAUCUGUCCACUGUGAGUAGUGCAGACACAGGCCGGAUGAUGUGUCUACAGUGUACACGCCUUCCUCAUGGUGCAGUGAGAGUGGCCACUGGAGGAACUGAGCUGAAAAUUUGGGAACAAGUAAAGACAGGAAUGAAAAUUUCCAGUCCCCUUCCUGUGAAUGGCGCCAUAGUCACCAGCCAUUAUAACCCUAAGUACACCUCUUCCCCACAGAAUUCCGAUAUCGACUCUGACACCGAGACAGAUGAUGAGGGAUCAACAGGUCUCUGGGCACGCUUCACAGGCAGCAGUGGAAGGGCAGGAACCAGAGGCCAGCCUCACAGAGAGUCUGAUACAGAGGAGGACCUGGACCAGCCUAGACGGUGGUGUCGUCUGCUAUGAUUGGCCAUUUUGGAAAGCAUUUAUCAUGACUAGACAUCCUUAAUAUUUAGAAUUUUUGCAUUUUUAUUUUUAUGCCAUUUGUUUUUUUGACCACCACAUUUAAUAAUUGUUCAGUGAAAGAAUAAGGUACCUUUAUGGACAGAAUUUUGAGUAUACUUAUUAUCAAAGUAUAAAAGAUAACAGGAUUUUCCCUUAUUAUUUAACUGUUGGUGUAUAUACAGUAGAUCAACAGGACAGUGGAAUUUGAUUUUUUUUUUCUUUUGAUACAAUUUUUUUCAAAAACAAAAUGAAACAAAAGAAAACAAAAACAGGCAGAUCAGGUUGAGGAACAAUUAUUGUUUAUGUCAUAUAUUAUUAUGCAUUAGUUACUAUAUUAGAUCUUGCAUACCGACAUGCCAACCAAAAACAACCCUAGAAACCCUGGCAAACAAAAUAAAUGUAACAGCUUCUGUGAAACAUGGCACAAAUGUGGCCAAGGUUUUAUGAUGGCAGUAUUCCAAUCAACUUCCUUUGAAAAGUUAAGUAAUAAGUUAAUAAUGUUACAGUCUCUUAUGCUGAACUUAGUAAAUGGAAGGUGCAUCUUCAUCAAGUGAAAAUGUAACUUUAAGAUCCAAGAAUUAUGUCUAACUUGGAACUAGGGCUUAAUAUAAAGAAUGUGUAAUUGUCUAUUUCAGGCUGCAUGAAAUUAGUAGGAAAAGGUCAUUAGUAUCACCAUUUUAUAUUAAACACUGAUCAUAGACAAAAGCCUGUAACCAUAUAAAGGGCUUCUGUCUAUGACUAUUGAUCAAAUAAAGAAGGAUAAAGUAUUUAUGAUCUUCUUUGACAAUACUAUAUAAAUAUAUAUAGUUAUGAAAAACAAGGUGGCACAAAAGUUUGCAAUUAAUUAGGGAUAAGAAAUGCAUGUAAUGAGGCAAAGCAUCACUCAAACAAUAGAUAUAAAAAUGCAUUGCAUUAAUGAAAUGAGUGAUGACAAUGUAACAGUGUAUUUUCACUGAAUGUGACAUACUGGGGAGGAUUUUUUUGGUUGUAAGAAAAGCAAGAAAAUGCAAAUAAAAUGGUAACCUACA